CAUCAACUUGCGCCUUCGAGCAAUUGAAAAAGCAUGGUGAAUAGUGGACCAAUACUAGAGAGACAUAAUGGUAACUCAUAAACGACACUAGGCGCAGUUUUUUUUCCACAUAUUGCUGAAAAUGGCAUUGUUUCAAGUAAACAGGUAUCUUGGCGAGGAUGAAGAUGGAGGUAUUUCAAAAGAGUCUCGGUCCCUGAAGUUACUUGCUAAACUGCAUGCAAAGGCAAAAGAAAAGCAGGAACGGCCCCCAGAGCAGACGUUACAGCUUUCUGACAAACAUGAAAGUUGUCAUGGUGGUAAAAGGACAAGAAAUGCUGACCGUGACAGAAGUCAAGAAAGUAAUAAAUAUAAAAAGAGGAAGUCAGAAGUCAUAAAAACUGUUUUGGACCAUGAAAUCCAUCAUGCGCCUGCUGAGGAUGAAGAGAAGACGGGGGGAAAUGUGAAGCGGAAGGGUCAACCAGGCAUCCCAGAUAUUAGCCAUUCAGAGACUCCUGUCACUGGAAGAGAUGAAGAAGAUAAGAAGACGGACUUUCAAAUCCACAAACGGAACACAAAUACUUCUGUUCCGUCUGGAUUCACCGUUCUGCGAGGAUUUGAGAACAAACCAGUUCGUAAGGUGCGCAGAGUCUUGCCUCGUUGGCUGGCUCAGCCCGAUGUUUUUGAAAGAGACUUUCAAAGCAAACCGGUGCCUAUGUCUGACAUGGGCGGACUAUCUGUGCCGCUGCUUAACAAGCUCCACAAUAACGGAAUUCAGCACUUCUUUCCAGUGCAAGCAGAGGUUAUCCCAGCCAUCUUGGAGAGUGCACAGCACGGGACGCUGUUUGGACGAGCUGGCUACCAGCCCAGAGAUAUUUGUGUUUCUGCUCCAACAGGAAGUGGCAAAACUCUGGCGUUCGUCAUCCCCGUCAUACAAGUGCUGACGGAGAAAGUGGCGUGUGAAAUCCGUGCCUUGGCUGUGCUACCUACGAAGGAGCUCGCUCAGCAGGUUUGCAAAGUAUUUCUGACAUACGCCGAGGGAACUUCACUGACAGUGGCCAUGCUAGCGGGUCAGAAGUCCUUUGCUGCAGAGCAGGCUUCACUUUCCGAACUGAGAGGCGGGCAGAGACGCAGUUUGGCUGACAUUGUUGUAGCCACUCCAGGUCGACUCGUCGACCAUAUCAACAAGAACUCCGGCUUAUGUCUGGAUCACCUUAGAUUUCUUAUAAUUGAUGAGGCAGACAGGAUGAUUGACAGCAUGCAUCAGUCUUGGCUCAGUGAGGUAGUAAAGGCGGUGUACAGGUCAAGGAGACCAGAAAAAAUGUCCAUUUUCAGGAGAAGAGGACCAUCAUAUGUCACAGCUGCCAGUUUGUCUCCUCCUCAAAUCCCACUUCAGAAGCUUCUGUUUUCCGCCACACUGACCAAAAACCCGGAGAAACUGCAGCAGUUGGGCCUCCACCAGCCCCGACUUUUCAGCUCUGCCGUAGCUCAGCCGACCCUCAGCAAUGGCGGCCUUGACCACGAGUGCUUUGACUUCCCGCAAGGUCUGACGGAGUUUUACGUGCCUUGUACGCUGAGCAAAAAGCCUCUCAUCAUUCUCCAUUUCAUCCUGGCCAUGAAGUUCAGCCCCAUUCUUUGUUUCGCCAACUCCAGAGAGACUACUCACAGACUUUACCUGCUGGUACGACUCUUUGGUGGAGUUAAAGUGGCCGAGUUUUCAUCCCGACUGUCUCCCGCUGAGAGAAAGAAGACGCUGAAGGAAUUUGAACAGGGAAAGAUCCACCUAUUGAUCAGCACAGAUGCGGCCGCCAGGGGCAUUGACAUCACAGGGGUCAAAUGCGUCGUGAACUACGAUGCUCCGCAGUACAUCAGGACGUACAUUCACAGAAUUGGAAGAACUGCAAGAGCUGGAAAAAGUGGCCUGGCCUUCACGUUCCUGCUCGGAGUACAGGAGAAGAACUUCCUUCGGAUGGUUGCUGCAGCAGGAAGCCCAGGCAUCCAAAAGCGGAUCAUUAAACCUUCAAACCUGACGAGUAUGGAAGGCCGAUACGAACAAACACUCCAGGAGCUUGCUGCUGUCAUUAAGGAGGAAAAAAAGCAUACAAGAUGAUGCGCAUUUUUCACGAGAUGCCAGGAGAUCAAAGUCCAUGGAGGGAAUGAGUAACCAUUUUUCUUGUCACCAUGCUUGGAUGUUUUCAUUUCAUAUUACUGCUUACCUCAUGAGGUAAGCAGUAAUAUAGAAAUAUAAAUAAGCCUUAAUUUGCUCAAUUACCUAAGCCGCCAUUUUGAUAACAUUGCGUAGAAUCCAUAUUCAAAGUGUUUGUACGCUAAAAAGCUGAAAAUGACAAAAAGAAAUUGUGUAUUGUCAUUUCUGUAUGAUUUAAAAAAAAAAAAAAAAAAAAAAAAAAAAAAAGAUACUGGACUCUUAGUCUCACUGAGGAAAAUUUCCGGACUAUAAGUAGCACUUUUUUUCAUAGGUUGGCUGUUCCUGCCACUUAUACUCCAGAGCGACUUAUAAAUGAAAAUAUAUAUAAUUUCACACACAGCCACAAGAGGGCACUCUGGACUUUCAUGCUCAUAUCUCCUACUUCUUAACAAUUCAAUAUUUAAACAGCCUAAUAAUAAUAUAAUAUAAUAUAAUAUAAUAUAAUAUAAUAUAAUAACCACAGUAAAAAUGUUACAAAUUAGUAACAAUCCACUCCGAGUUGACUACAUACCAGUUUUAUCUGUUGCAAGCCAUAAGCAGGGUGUAUAAAUAGAAUGUUUGUCUUGUGGUAUUUUCAGAAAGUGGUCCCAGUUGUUGUCUUGACCACCCCCCCCCCCCCCCCCAUGUAUAGGAUCCCUGCAGCACCUGUUGCCCUCUGUGCUUUCCAAAUGCAUUUGAAUGUUUGUUAGUUAGUUUAAAAAGGGACCUUGCCCUGACAUGCAUAAAGUGCAACAUAUUCAAAUGCAUGAUAUGCAAAUAUUGUAAUUGUAAGCAUCAGAAGGCAACAAGAUUUAGGAAGAUACGUAUAUCAACGACAUUUCAGGGGGACAUUUUGACAUUUUGUGUAAACAGAAAAAGUUACAUCUUUGAAUUCAGGUCACGGGCUGCAUGGCGGAUCGGCGGUUAGCGCUGCGCAUCGGCGGUUAGCGCGGCGCAUCGGCGGUUGGUUCGGCGGUUAGCGCGCCGCAUCGGCGGUUGGUUCGGCGGUUAGCGUGGCGCAUCAGCAGUUAGCGUGGCGGUUAGCGUGGCGCAUCGGCGGUUAGCGUGGCGCAUCGGCGGUUAGCGCGGCGCAUCGGCGGUUAGCGCGCCGCAUCGGCGGUUAGCGCGCCGCAUCGGCGGUUGGUUCGGCGGUUAGCGUGGCGGUUAGCGCGGCGCAU